AUGAGUUUGAGGAUCUUCUCGCUCGAGGAGGAUUUCUUCGAGCUGCGGGGUUUGUCGCUCGAGGAAGAUUUUCUCGAGCGGCGUGGUGCGGACGGAGGGGGGCUCUCGUCCUUUCUUGGCGGAGGGGAUCGUUGCGGCGAAGUCGAUCUUCGCGGCGAGACGGAUCUCUGUGGCGAGAAGAUGGUUUCUUGUAGGGAGCAGGCUUGUCCCUACCUUCAGCGGGUAGCGACUUGUCUAUCGUGCCUGGUAGACUGUCGCUUAAGUUUUCUUCUGAGGGAGACGGGCUCCCGGUGGGAGUGUUCUCUUUCGAGUUCCAUCGUUGCUAGUUCGUGA